AUGGGUGUAACAAUUCUAACCAUUUGUAGUGGACUGACAGCAAGCGGCAACACACUUUCGUCUACUAUGCCAACGCAAUGCGAAAACUCGAAGUCUGAAAAACAGCCACCCAGCACACGACGUUAUCGUGAAAUGGAAAGGUUACAUGUGAUGGGAGGUCUCACUCAUUGUCGCCAAGGCGUAGGACCGAGAGCUUCUCGAAAAGCUAGUGCUCAAGCUUUCUCGAAUUAA